AUGUACCAUUUUUUUGCGCCCGCGGUUGGCUUGGUCCUUGGAUGGGCUUUGCUGGUGAGCCGAAGUUUCGAAAACACAUGUCGGUGUAGGCCAUGGGAACCUUGCUGGCCAACUCAAGAGAAAUGGGCAUCUCUGAACUCUUCAAUUCAAGGAAAUUUAGUUCGUCUGGAGCCUGUUGGAGCUGUUUGUCAUGAGCCCAAGUUUGACCGGUAUGCAUGUGAUGCUCUACAAGAUCUGGCACUCGACAGCGGCUGGAGAGCCUCCCAGCCAGCUACGCUCCAAGAUUGGGUAUGGGAAAGUGGCUCUCAUCUUAAUGAAACAUGUCCAAUAGUCGUGGCAAGCGAUAAUCAAAGCACGGAAACAACUUGUCACCAAGGUCGAAUAUCUCUUUACUCUGCUGCUGUUAAAUCCGUGGCACAUGUCCAGACCGCUGUAAUCUUUGCUAAGAAGCACAAUCUUCGCCUUGUGAUCAAAAACACAGGCCAUGACGGCUCACCAAAUUCGUUGCAGAUUCACACCACAAAUCUAAAAAAGAUCGAAUACCACACAAGCUUCACAGCUCAAGGGACGAGUGAAUCCUCAGGUCCGGCAGUCACUGUCGGCGCCGGCAUCAUGCAUUGGGAGAUAUACAAACAUGGCGCCAAGCAUGGAUACCAUGUAGUGGGUGGGGAAUGCCCAACUGUCGGAAUGGCUGGUGGAUUCCUCCAGGGUGGAGGUGUUUCAAGCUUCCAUAGUUUCACCAGGGGCCUUGCAGUCGAUAAUGUUUUGGAGUAUAAGAUAGUUACUAGCAGCGGAGAACUUAUCACUGCGAACGAACAUCAGCACAAAGACCUCUUCUGGGCUCUGAAAGGUGGAGGGGGAGGAACCUUCGGAGUCGUCGUUGAGGUCACAGUUCGAUCUUAUCCGGAUGAUCCAGGAGUUGUCAGCACAGUAACAGUACAGUCUACGCGUUGUGAUACCUCAUUUUGGGAGUUUGGUAUUUCCUCUUUGCUCAAGCUCUUGAGGUCCUCGAACAAAGGUGGUAUCCCCGGUCAAUUGAUCGUUUUUCCUCCAGGCGAUGAGGCGCAACUUGCAACCUUGACAUUAUAUUUCAUCAAUUCCACGGAGAUUCAAAAAGCGGAGGCCUUCAUAGAGCCCCAUAUGAAAGAUCUCCAAAGAAGCAAGAUAGUCUCUAGCCUAUCGUCAAAACUUCGUCAUCGGUUGAGUGCCGAAGUUCGCACGGCCCCGGAUAUUAACCCUCCAAACUAUGGUAUUUUGGAAGGAGCCGUGUUGCUUUCUGAGGAAGCUUUUAACUCUGAAGAAGGUCCUUCUCGUAUUGCCCAGGUUUUUGCAAAGUUACCUAUGGGUAAAAAUGACCUACUUUUCAGUAGCAACACUGGAGGUCGCGUGGUGGCGAAUAAUGUCGAUAUUCCCUUGCAUCCCGCCUGGCGAUCUUCUGCACAUUUGAUCAAUUACGUGCGAGGUGUUGAGCCAUCCAUCGAUGGCAAAACUUUAGCCUUGAAUGAGAUGACAAACCUCUAUAUGCCUAUUUUAUACUCUAUGAAUUCUGAAACCAGAGUCUCUUAUCGCAAUCUGGGUGAUCCGAACGAGAAGGACUUCCAGAACGUUUACUGGGGCAAGGAUAACUAUCUGCGCCUACUCAAGAUUAAGAACAAGUUCGAUCCGGAUGAGCUAUUUAUCACAAAAUUAGGGGUUGGAAGUGAGGCCUGGGACGAAGAAGGAAUGUGCAAGAAAUCUAAGCUCGCGAUGUUUGAUUCACUAAUGCUGGAGAAGAAAUUCAGGAGAUGGAUCCAGGUCUCAAGUUAG